GGCUGUAGCACUACCCUUUCAUCCAAUUGGAAGCCCUCCGGACAACAUUAAUUAAUGAUUACGCAAAUCAAAGAGAGGUCCGUUGCCCGAAAGUUGCUGCUUCUGCUGCUCUCAUCGAUUCAAAUUUCAGUUCAAUCUUAAAAGCAUCACAUCCAGAGUAUACUACACGCGCCGCCGCAUAAAAUCACUUCAAUUGAUUGUGGGGCCCAAAAAUAGCACCAAGUGGACCCCACUCCCCCGGGUCUUCCUCCACACACGCGCUUCCUUCAGCUUCUCUGACUCUUGAGUAUCAGUAGCUCGCUCCUCCCAAGAGUCGGAUGCUAUUUUCUUCUCCUCUCUCUCUCUCUCUCUCUCCGUGUAACAAAGGUGGGUAGUGAGUAGUGGGGGUACUGGCCUUUGCUUGCCCUAUUAUUAUCAUUUUUUUUUUCCUGUUUUCGUCAGUUCGCAAACUCUUUUCGGAGAUGACGCUUUUAUGACGGGGGGUGAUUUCUGCUUCCGAAAUUUCUAAGAUUUUUAGGCAAGUUCUGCGUUUUUUUGGCUUCCACCUCGACGUAUUAUUCCCUUUUUUUCCUUGUUUUUGCUCUUUUUUUUUGGGGGUCUAUUUUCAAAAUGCUCUACUUGUUUUGAGAGAAUCUGCCGGUUUGAACGUGUUUGGGUGCGGAGAAGAUCCUAGAAAAAGAAAGUAUCAAGCUACAUUUUUUGAAAAAUAAUAGCAAGUGCCGGUUUCUUCUAUUUUCCUAUAUUAUUAUUUUUGGAGGGGUUUCAGCAUUCGAGAGUCUCUAGUUUAAAUUCUUGCUGAGUGAUUGCUAAUGGCGCCGAAUCCUAGAGUUGCAGCAGCCUUUCGGGCAAUGGGGGAUAUUGGAAUUAGUCAAGAUAAAGUGAAACCAGUGUUAAAAAAUCUUCUAAAAUUGUAUGACAAAAGCUGGGAACUUAUUGAAGAAGAGAAUUAUAGAGCUCUUGCAGAUGCUAUAUUUGAGGAGGAGGAGACUAAGGUUAUGGAACUGAAGAAGAAGUGUAAGAAUACUGACGAAGAAGAUUUGGAGGAAGAAGCUCUGACGCAUGAUGAGCCUGAACGUCCGCUAAAGAGGUUGCGCUUGAGAGGUCAAGGAGGUCAGGUUUCACCGUCGGUCAAUGCCUGCAACCAAAGUUUGGGUGGAAGUUCGGUAAAAAGGCCUAAAGUGGAGGAGGAUGAACUGUCCAAAACUUCUUUCCGACAGCAGCCUCGAGAAAUAAAGGAGACACCCCACCGUAAUAUUGUUAACAAAGGCAAGCAGCCUCUCUUACCUCAAAUUGAGCCCCUGGGAAAACGAUCAAUGUCUGAGAGAGCAGCAAGUAUUCGCAUUAAAGAGCCAAUGGCUGAGCCAGGCAUUGCGAGUUUGCCCAAGCAGAAGGUUCCGGAUACUCAUGGAUUGAUCAAGCCAAAGGAUGAGCCAUUUACAGAUGAUAUGUUUAGCAGUGAUGUGCCAGACUAUGAGGUUCCUAUUGCAGUGAUCCGUCCAGAUCCAUCAAGUAAGGUAGAUUCUUCAGUUGGGAAUAAUACAGUUGAAAAACAAGAUGGUCCAGAGAUUCCAGCAUCCCAAUGUCUGGGUGUAGGAAACAGAGGUGAUGAUGCUCUAGCUUUAACGAGUGAGAGGGAAACCAACUGCACACUUGCAACCAUCCCAGAGGAAUCUCCUCCCAAUGUAGAGAUUGCCUCCUCACCCUUAGGAGAGGUAAAGAUUUCUCUGAGCUGCAACUCCACCCUUGGAAGACCAGAUUUCCAUAUGCCUAGUCGUACUGAGGUUAUGAAACUGAUGGAGGACAAAUGUUUACGCACAUAUAAAAUCAUUGACCCAAAAUUUUCUGUCAUGAAACUGUUGAACGAUAUGUGUGAGUGCGUCUUAGAACUGGGAACUUAUAGCCCUAAUGAAUCGCAGGAAGGCCCUGAUGUAUUAGAGAGAUCUUCUGCACAGGGUCCUUUGGGAAUUGGAGAUGAUGAAGAAACUUUGUGCAUGCCAUCCUGUACUACAAAUGGAUCAGUCCAUGUUCAAUGCUCUACUGCAGUGGAUGUGCCUCUUUCAAGACCUAUGUCAUUAAGUUCUAGCGAUUUAAUGUCCAUCCACGAUGUUAAUGACAUAACAAGAGGAGAAGAAAGGGACAGAAUUUCGUGGGUCAAUGAAAUUAACGGGGAACGUCUACCACCCUUUAAGUACAUACGUCAAAACCUUGUUUUCCAAAAUGCUUCUGUCAACUUUGCCCUCUCUCGGAUUGGGGAUGAGGAUUGUUGUUCCAGUUGUUUGGGUGAUUGCCUAUUCUUAUCUACACCUUGUCAUUGUGCAAAUGAAACCGGAGGCCAGUUUGCAUACGCAAAAGAAGGUUUUCUUAGGGAAGAAUUCUUGGAAGAGUGUAUCUCUAUGACUCUCGACCCACAAAGACACCAGAACUUGUAUUGUAGAGAAUGCCCGCUCGAAAGAGUGAGGAAUGAUGUCUGUUUAGAACCAUGCAAAGGCCACUUAAGGAGGAAGUUUAUCAAAGAAUGCUGGAGCAAGUGUGGCUGCAGUAAAAACUGUGGCAAUAGAGUGGUGCAGCGAGGCAUAACUUGCAAGUUGCAGGUGUUUUGCACUUCUGAAGGAAAAGGGUGGGGUCUCCGAACCCUAGAGGACCUGCCGAAAGGUGCAUUUGUGUGCGAGUAUGCUGGAGAAAUUUUGACCAACACUGAGUUGUAUGAUAGAAACUUGGAAAACAGUAAAAGUGGCAAACCUACGUACUCAGUUCUACUGGAUGCAGACUGGGGUUCAGGAGAUCUAAAGAAUGAAGAAGCUCUCUGUUUGGAUGCAACAUUUUUUGGCAAUGUUGCUAGGUUUAUUAACCAUAGGUGUUUGGACGCAAACUUGGUUGAGAUCCCAGUUAAAGUGGAGAGCCCUGAUCGUAUCUACUACCAUCUUGCCUUCUUCACAACAAGAGUAGUAACUGCCUUGGAGGAACUCACUUGGGAUUAUGGCAUCAACUUUGACGACCAUGAUCAGCCCAUGAAGGCAUUCUGCUGUCGAUGUGGUAGUAAGUUCUGCAGAAACAUGAAGCGCUCAACUAGGUCUAGAUCUGCAUCAAUUGUGAGAUAAAACAUGGAUGGGGUUCGUCUAUCAGCUGGUCUUCCACUCAAUUAAGCUGCUGAAUUUACUGAAAACUAUAUAUGGUCCAACUAUAUAUACUACCUAGUGUAAAGCUGGGGAUAGCUUUUGGAGUCACUGGUGUGCCUUUUUGAAAUGAGAAAUGCUUUUGUACAGGGUUUUGUAAAUAGACCAAAGGUGGUUAAAAAUCACCGCUCCUCUUUGCAAAGAUCUUGCUCUGCUAUUGUACUGCUGAAACCAUGGAGAGUUUGAAAAGGGUGUAGUAGUUUUCUGGAUUUUCUUCCAUAUGAACGUAGAAGUUUACGAUGCAA